UUCUAAGAUUCAGCCGAUCAUACGUGAUAACAUUAGUUUAAUAUUCGUUUAUUGAGUCACGGACUAAAAUCAGGUCCCUGGAAAGGCCUGGAAGGUUCUGCGCCCAUGGACAAGUCCCCGUUGGAGUGCUACUUUGAUAACUUCAUUGCAAACGAAUCUGUAAUGACGGAGAAGGAGGAGGUGAAGGAAGAGCUGGGCGAUAAACCAUUCCUCAGCGUACUGACGCCGUACAAGCCCAGCCAGGACGACACAGACAAACGCACCGGUCUGGACUACAGCUCCCAGAAUUCCACAGCAGCGGCCGAGCUCCCGGGUGGGUCGUCCGUGCCGGAGCUGGGUGCCUCUCCUGUUUGUCCCGUGACCCCCGUGAUGCCUGUGACACAGGAACCAGAAACCAUCCCACAGAUACAGAACAUCCUCUCUACAGUGACGCUGGGCUGUUGUCUGGACCUGGACUUCAUUGCUUCCAAGGCCUGGAACGUAGAGUACAAACCAAAGACACACAAGGCGCUCACCAUGAGGAUCCGGAAACCGCGAACGACAGCAAUUAUCUACGAAACUGGAAAUAUUGUCUGUACAGGAGCCAAGAGUGAGGAGCAGUCAUGGCUGGCGGCCAGGAAGUUCGCCCGCAUAGUGCAGAAGCUGGGCUUCCCCGUCGGCUUCUUCAACUUUAAGAUUCACAACGUGGUGGCCACUUGGAAGACCUUCCCGAUCAGUUUGGAGAGACUGGCCCACUAUCAGCCCUGCAGUUACGAACCAGAGCUGUUUCCCGGCCUCUACCUCUACGUGGUGCCUGGCAUGACUGCAAUCGUCUUUCCAUCUGGGAAGAUUAUUCUAAGCGGAGCUAAAAAUAACGCUGAGGUCUACAAAGCAUUUGAAACCCUCCAACCAAUCCUGAGCAGCUUCAGGAGAUUCAGGAGGCAGCGAUGAGAGAUGCACCGGACUCUGACAGGAGCUCCUGUCCAUUUUAAAACUAAUGUUAAAAAUGGACUUGGUUGUAGAGUCAUUGUUGAACAGAGGGGUUAACAACCU